AUGACUCAUCCCACUGGACCGACCUCGUACGCCAAGGAGCAAAAAGUAGCCAUCGCUGCUGUGCUCAAGGCUUCAUUGUUGGCUCAGAAGGUGCAAAACGAGUUGAUUGGCAGUGGAGGGGUCGAGAAGAAGGAUAAGAGUCCUGUCACCGGUCAGCCUACAACUUUACUAGAACUCAGUAAGAAAGAAGGAUGAACAUUUACUAAUUCCUUCAUGUUCUCGUCGCAGUGGCGGACUACACCUGUCAAGCUCUCGUCUCCUCGUUGCUCUUCUCGCAUUUCCCAACGGACCAAAUCGUCGGCGAGGAAGAUUCUUCCGAACUCAACACCCCCGCGAACGCACAAACGAAAACCCACAUCAUGCGCUUGGCGAACGAAGCCAUGGCUGAGGUAUUGGAAGGACAGGACGAAUCGGAGCAGGCUUGGAAGGAGGUCAAGAGCGUGCAAAGGGGGGAGAAGGAAUGGAUGGAGAUCAUUGAUAGGGGGAAUUCGACGGGCGGGAAACAGGGUCGUAAGUUUAGGCAACAGGUGAAACGGAGAGAGAUACAACAACAACAAAGCCAUAACUUUGUGCGUCCUGCAUCUUUUGGUCACAGGUCAUUGGGCCCUUGAUCCCAUCGACGGUACCAAGGGGUUCCUCCGAGGAGGACAGUACGCCGUCUGCCUUGGCCUCCUGCUAGACGGCCAGGUCGUUGUUGGUGUGAUGGGAUGCCCCAACCUCCCCGUCGAUCCCAAGAACCCCGAUGGAGAAAAGGGCGCUCUCUUCAUUGCUGUCAAGGGCGAGGGUGCUUACCAGGUGCGUUCAACCCUCAACGCUGAACCUUCUGACGCUUCCUCAAGCUAACACAUUCCCUCUCACACUUUUCUUCAGCGGUCCCUCACCGACCCCACCUUGAAACGCAUUACCAUGUCCACCCUCCCCUCCCUCUCCUCCGCCUCGUUCUGCGAAUCCGUCGAAGCCGGUCACUCGGACCACUCCACCAACGCCCGUAUCGCUUCCAUCUUGGGCAUCACCAAACCUAGCGUGAGGAUGGAUUCCCAAGCCAAAUAUUGUAGUAUCGCCAGAGGGGAUGGGGACAUUUAUCUAAGGUUACCCGUUUCAGAUACUUACGAAGAGAAGAUUUGGGUUCGUUCCCACCGGUCUCGAAUUGCGCUUCAUCGUUCAUCUCAAAAGAGAAAUUCUGAUCCCCCAGUCCUUUGAUCUCGCAGGAUCAUUCCUCCGGAUCACUUCUCGUCACCGAAGCAGGUGGCGUCGUUUCUGACAUGAAUGGUAAACCUCUCGACUUUUCCCUCGGUCGUACCCUCAAGGGGAACAAGGGCGUCGUAGCUGCGCAUAAGGACGUGCACGCCAAGGUGAUCGAGGCGGUGUUGAAGGCUGUGGAGGAGGGGAAGUAG